UGAAGGUGAGUUGUGAUGAAGGAAUUGGGGGAGGAAGGAGGGGCGGUUUGCUGGUGGCUGUAAAGGGAGGGGCUGGUGAACAGCGAAGGGAAGGGUUGGUCAAAGGUAAACACCAGAUGAAUUGUUUCGUCCUGAAUCGCCAAAUGUUUGUACCUCUCAAUAGAUGCUGCCUGAGCUGCUGAGUUCCUCCAGCAUUUUGUAUGUGAUGCCCGGUCAAAGUGCAUGAAUCAGGAUCCUGCCCAACACCGUGAACCAGGCAUUGCAAUCUGAAAGCAACACUUCUGGGAGCAAGAGGGGAGGACGUAGCGGAGUGUGGAAAGAUUCCUCAGCGGUGGUCAUGGCUUUCCCUGGGCUCUUGGCAGCUUUCCGACGGGAACUGCUGGUGUUGGCAGUGCUUGCACUCUUUCGGACUGCUGCUUCUGUUCAAGACUGCAGCCAGAAUGUCGGGAACACCAGCAGCCUCCCGGAGGCGCAGUACGUCCACAGUCCGGAGGUCGAGGCAGGCGGGCUGUCGGUGCUCUACCGCAUGGUGCAUGGCUUUCUCGAUAUCGUUCAGCCCAACCCCUUCCCUACAGAUAUUGCCAAAUCACUCAUGGACAACAACGAAGCAAUCCAAAACAGCUACAUGAAGGUGGUUCAGUACGAGGUCGGCUACAUUGUGUGCACCAUCAUUGGGAUCCUGCUGUUCCUCCUCAUGCCGCUCAUUGGUCUCUGCUUCUGCUGCUGCCGCUGCUGUGGGAGGUGUGGAGGGAAGAUGUACCAGGAGCAGACCGGCUCCAUGGACGUCAGGAGGAGGCUGCUGACCGUGGCCCUGUUUGUCGUCACGUCGGUCAUACUAGCAGGAUGUGUCUGCAUGUUCGUCAGCAAUGCAAAGACAUCGGAAACCGUACAGGAGAGUGAGAAACUGCUAAGCAACACCCUGGAAAACUUAAAACUCUACAUAAUCACCAUCCCGGCUCAAGUCACAGCCAUCACAAACAGCACAUCUAUUCCAGUGAGGUUCGUCACGGCUAACCUGGACAAUAUUGGCUCGGAUCUGGGUGAACCCAUUAAGGAGAAAUUGGGCGAAGAUGCAUACCCAGCACUGAGCGCAGCAUCGAAUUUGGCUAAAGACAUCCAGAAAAUGAACGACAGACUUCUGCUGAUCAACAACACGAUGACAAAGCUGAUCCAGCAGCAGGAGGAUCUCCAGCAGAAUCUGAGCGUCAUCCAAGAGAGCAUCAACACAACCCUCCAUCAAUGUGGAGCCAAUUGUACCAGCAGCCAGGACCUGGUGACUGGGCUCACCACUGGCGCCAAAUUUUCCAUGAUUCCCAACAUAGACCAAGUGAUCAUUGCCAUGAAGAAAGUUGUGGAUUCGAACUUCCAAUCCUUUGUACAAGAGGGUUACCGAGCUUUCAAUGAUACACCAGCCAUGGUUACCAAUCAAUCUGCCAGCACCGUGUCAGAAGUGAAGAAGAGUCUGGCGGAUAUUCAAACUCGGGUGGAGAACAUCCAAGAGGAGUUUCCAAUAUUAAAAACAACAGGUUCGAUCACGUCUGAGAUCGACAACAUUAACAGCUCAAUAACAAAAUACUACCCGCAAGUUAAAGAGGCAAAUAAAUACAGGUGGAUUGUUGGGAUCGUGCUGUCCUGUAUAGUUCUCCUGAUUGUGGUCUGUAACUGCUUUGGCCUCCUGCUGGGAACAGCCUGCCUCAAAGCCAGAGUGGACCCCUGUCAGAGAAACUCUGCGUCCCAUGCUGGCGGGAACUUCCUCAUGGCGGGAGUCGGCUUCAGCUUCAUCUUCUUCUGGCUCCUGAUCCUCCUGGUCUUAAUCUUGUUCCUCGUGGGCGGCAAUGUCUACUCGUUGGUUUGCAAGCCCUGGUACGGUGGAGAAUUGUUUCAGGUAAUGGAAGAUGUGGGACUGUUGGACAAGUUCAACUUGGGAGAGACCCUCGGACUGAACACCAGCCUCAACAUCAGCACUGUGUACCGUGACUGCCAGAACAAUACCUCAGCGUGGAAAGCCUUAAACUUGGGUCUCAGCUUUAACCUGGAUGAGUACCUGAACAUAAGCAAGUACACCGGGGAUAUUUCAAACCAGUUUGAAAAACUGGAAGUCAAUUUAUCAGGCAUUACGUUACUGGAUAAAGAAGGCAAGAUGAUUGCGAGGGACAUGUUGAACACUGGUGUUAUAGGUCUGAACUUCACCAACUUCACUCAACAGUUGUCCCUUCCUUUAACUCAGAGUGGACUCCUUCUUACUGCACAGAAGCUUCGGAACCUCUCCAAGAUUGCGCCGGUUCCUGCCAAAACUGAGCUCAACCAACAGGCGGGCCAACUGGAGCAACUAGAUCGCUGGAUCAAGAGUGACAUGAUGCCAAACAUGAACACUCUGAAAGAAAAGAGUCAGUAUCUUCAAGCAACAACUUCAAGCCUUGAGGAAGUGGUGAACACCACUUUGUUGAAGAUAGAAAAUGCACAAACGCUUCUCCAGACACAAGCUCUGGACAUCAUUAAGAAUGAAUCCAAGGAUUUCCUGGACUGCCAGCUGAGUUACUUCCAUCGAUUUGUGACUUGGGCCAGGGAAAUGAUAACUCAGGAUGUCGCCCGGUGCAAACCAGCGGCCAAUGCCUUGGACUCUGUAGCAACCAUCUCGUGUUCCUACCUUCUGGACUCAUUGAAUGCCUUUUGGUUUUGCAUGGGCUGGUGCACCAUCUUCCUGAUUCCAAGCAUCAUAUUCGCAGUGAAGCUGGCAAAAUUCUUCCGGCGCAUGGCGACCGAGGAUGUGUAUGAGAACGGCGACUUACAGUUCGAGAUGAGAAGACUUAAUAAGUGAAGCCCCGGACUAGGAUCGUCCCAACGGCGCUGACCUGCUCCGGUUUGGUGUGGACAAAGGACAGUGAGCUUUUCCUGCGUCUCCUCAUUUCUGUGACAUUGCCAGCAAGCACUAGAAGUGAAAUUAUAGAGUACAUCUUGAACAAUGUGUUUAACAAAAAUCUCAAACCCUCAGAUCAAUUUCCUGGGACCUCUGUGCCUUAGCCUCAGCCCAUCAAGUUCUCUCCCAGCCACAAAAAUGGAACCAGCCCUUCUUCUUCAUGUUUCUGACCACAGCGUACUUCUUUAUCACAUGCUUUGCAAGGCAACCUCCUUCUCUCCUAGUGAGUCCUUCUGAGGAAUCUCCCACUCCCUGCUGUGCCCAGCUGUAACAUUCGUCCUUGCCUUCUGCUGGUGUCCUUCACUCUCCCUUUCCAAUGGUCUCUCUUCUCCAUGUGAUCUACAUUGCUUCCUCAAGUAACAUCUAUCAAAGACUCCUUUCCAUGUGACAUCACAGCGUUCUCUCUCACCACCCCCUUCACCAUCCUGAGAGUUUGCAGAAUCUGCUAGUCACUUAGUGGGGAGACACAGUGCCUACAAGAAGACCUUUGGGAAGUCUUCAGUGUGGACUUCAUUUCCCAGAUCUUACUGACCUUGGCAUCCUUUUGAGGCCAAAAGGAGCUUCAUGUCUUUUGUUUUGCCAAUCACAGGACUUCGUUAGUCUUCUGUGCUCUACCAUCUCGCUGCUAAUCAACGUCCCCUCCCAAUACCACCCUGCAGAACCAUGAGCCUCUCCACCUUUGGCCCCGCCCUCUGCGCUCAACACCCCAGCUCCCAACUGCUUCAGCAUAGGAACUCCGGCUGUCAUUUCCCAGAGGACCUCCAGGCCCUCUGUCCUAUGACCUCCUCCAGUCCUCUUGUGCUCUAACGGUCCUCUAAUUCUGAGGCCACACUACAAGAAGUGUGCAGAAGAUGUACUUGGAUGAGAGAGAGAAUUAGCUGUAAGGAGCGUUGGACAAACUUGGAGCGUUGAAUGUUGAUAAAAUUAUGAGAGGGGUGAUGAUCAGAAUCAUUGUCCCAAGGUGGAAGUGUCAAAUAACAGAGAGCACAACUAUAAGAUGAGAGGGGACGGUUUGUAGGUGAUUUGGGUGGCGAUUUUUUUAAUGUAGUGUGUGUUAGGUGCCUGGUAUUGCUGCAGGGGAGGUGAUCAACAUUUAAGAGGCAGAUGAACAGGCAGGGAAUGAGGAGAUGGAGACCGUGUGCAGGCAGACUGGAUCUGUUAGAUGAGCAUUAUCUUCAGCCCUGACAUUCUGAGUUGAAUGGCCUGAUACCAUACUCUGUUGCCCUGAUUUUAAUCCCUUCAUCAGCCCCUAUUCUAACUUCUUCAGCACUUCAGGUCUAGUCUCCAACUGUCUGGGCUUGGCAUCUCUGCAUUUGCUCUCUGAACCUCUCUGCCUCACCCUUCUUCAGAUGCUCCAAUGUCAUUAAACCCACCUCUGUGAGUGCACUGUCACCUUCCUUUGAGGUCAGAUAACUAUCCUGUGUGGCACCUUCACCUGUUAAGCCACGCAGUGUUUGCUGUUUAAAAUGGUAUUGUAAAUUAAAUUGUAAAUAAACAAUUGAUUAUGCUGUG